CUCGCAUGCUCAUUCCAUUCCAUCAUGGCUCCUCCGCCUUCCCCCAUGGCCGCUUGCCGGCCCCAGGCGCUGCUGACGCCCUCCGCCUUUCGCCCUCCAAGCCCCGCCCCCUUCUCUCCUCGCCACCGCCGACGCCCUCGCCCUCCCCUCUCUUCUGCUCCUGCCGCCGCAGAUGGCGGCGCCUCCUCCUCCUCCGUGUCCGCCGCCAACCAACGGGGACCUCCCGCUUCCUCCGUUCUCACCUUCCAGCAGGCCAUCCAGCGCCUCCAGGAGUAUUGGGCCUCCGUAGGAUGCGCGGUCAUGCAGUGUAGCAACACCGAGGUUGGAGCGGGCACAAUGAAUCCGUUGACAUUUCUCAGGGUCUUAGGUCCUGAGCCAUGGAACGUUGCGUACGUGGAGCCAAGUAUAAGACCAGAUGAUAGUCGCUACGGGGACAAUCCCAAUAGGCUUCAACAACAUACUCAGUUUCAGGUAAUUUUGAAGCCUGAUCCUGGAAAUUCACAGGAUCUCUUUCUGCAUAGCCUUUCAGCAAUAGGUAUCAAUGUUCGUGAACAUGACAUCCGUUUUGUUGAAGACAACUGGGAGAGUCCGGUUCUUGGUGCUUGGGGAUUGGGCUGGGAGGUUUGGAUGGAUGGCAUGGAAAUCACACAGUUCACAUAUUUUCAGCAGUCAGGAAGCCUUCCAUUGCAGCCAGUUUCUGUUGAAAUAACAUAUGGACUUGAGCGUAUCCUCAUGUCACUUCAGGGAGUUGAUCAUUUCAAGAAUAUACAAUACACCGAAGGAAUUACUUAUGGAGAGUUAUUCCUUGAGAAUGAGAAGGAGAUGAGUGCGUAUUAUUUAGAGCAUGCGGAUGUCAAUCACAUUCAAAAGCACUUCAACGAUUUUGAAGAAGAGGCUCGCUCUUUAUUGUCAUUGGGUCUGCCAAUUCCGGCGUACGAUCAGGUUCUGAAGGCCUCUCACGCUUUCAAUAUUUUAGACUCUAGAGGUUUUGUUGGUGUAACUGAGCGUGCAAGAUAUUUUGGUCGCAUGCGAAGCCUAGCUCGUCAGUGUGCCCAGCUUUGGGUGGAAACUCGAGAAAAACUUGGGCAUCCAUUGGGUACUUAUGAAGAGGCUAACCUUAUCUAUCCUCAUGUCUCUGAAAAGCCUAGUAGAGAGGAAGUGCAAGGGCAGCCACGGGCGUUUGUUCUUGAAAUAGGAACAGAAGAGUUGCCACCCCGUGAUGUCUUAGAAGCAACCGAACAGCUUGAGAAAUCUCUAGUUAACACAUUGGAGAAACAUAGAUUGAGCCAUGGAAAAGUGCACUCUUAUGGGACACCAAGGAGAUUAGCGAUUGUUGUUGAAAAUCUUAGUAUGAAGCAAACAGAGGUAGAGGUUGAAGUACGUGGUCCACCAGUUGCGAAGGCAUUUGACCAAGAAGGAAACCCCACUAAGGCUGCUGAGGGAUUUUGUCGAAAGAAUAAUGUCUCUGUAGAUUGUUUAUAUAGAAGAAUAGAUGGUAAAACAGAAUAUAUCUAUGCUCGAGUCAGAGAGUCUGCUCGUUUUGCUGAUGAGGUCCUAACUGAAGAUAUUCCUACUAUUGUUUCUGGUAUUUCGUUUCCCAAGUCAAUGCGCUGGAACUCCAAUAUUGUUUUUAGUCGUCCAAUACGCUGGAUCUUGGCACUUCAUGGGGAUUUUGUUGUUCCUUUUUCUUUUGCUGGCAUCUCAAGUGGGAAUUCAUCAUGUGGCCUUCGUAAUUCUUCUGUGGCUAAUUUUAAGGUGGAAACUGCAGAAUCAUAUUUAUCUGCUGUGGGGAAAGCUGGGCUCUUGAUUGAUAUGCAGGAGCGCAAGGAAAAAGUCUUACGUGACUCUAGUAUAUUGGCUAAAGGUGUCGGUGGAGAUUUCAUUGCGCCUGAUAGCUUGCUGCAGGAGAUUGUCAAUCUUGUGGAAGCGCCUGUGCCCAUCCUUGGUCAAUAUGAUGAUUCCUUCUUAGAACUUCCGAAAGAUGUACUGAUUACGGUUAUGCAGAAACACCAGAAGUAUUUCGCUGUAACUUCCAAGUCCAUAGGCAAUCUGCUACCAUAUUUUAUUGCUGUUGCCAAUGGUGCCAUUAAAGAGGAAGUUGUCCGCAGAGGGAAUGAAGCUGUUCUCAGGGCAAGGUAUGAGGAUGCCAAAUUCUUUUAUAAGAUGGAUACACAAAAGAAAUUUUCUGAAUUCCGUGGCCAGCUUAGUGGCAUUCUUUUUCAUGAAAAACUUGGCACAAUGCUCGAUAAAAUGACACGUGUUGAGAAUAUCGUUGCUGAAUUGACCCUUAUUCUUGGAAUAAAUGAGACAAUGAUCCCGAUUAUCAAAGAUGCGGCUGCAUUGGCUAUGUCAGAUCUCGCCACUUCUAUUGUGACAGAAUUUACUUCACUUGCUGGAAUUAUGGCGCGCCAUUAUGCUUUGAGAGAGGGCAUUCCUGAAGAGAUUGCAGAAGCACUAUUUGAGAUAACACUUCCUCGGUUUUCGGGUGAUGUGUUUCCAAGAACAGAUGCUGGCAUAGUCCUUGCGGUUGCUGAUAGAUUGGAUAGCCUAGUUGGCUUGUUUGGAGCUGGAUGUCAGCCAAGUUCUACGAACGAUCCAUUUGGACUUCGAAGGGUCUCUUAUGGACUGGUCCAAAUAUUGGUUGAGAACAAGAAGAGCUUUGACCUCAGGCGGGCCCUCACCUUAAUGUCAGAGGUGCAACCCAUAAAAAUACAGAGUGAUGUUAUAGAUGAGGCAGUACAAUUCGUCACGAGGAGACUGGAACAGCUUCUGGUGGAUGAGGGAAUUAACUGUGAGAUAGUCCGCUCAGUGCUUAUGGAGCGUGCAAACUGUCCUUAUCUUGCGGCACAAACAGCAACUGAAAUGGAAGCAUUUUCAAGGACGGAAACUUUUCCGAAAAUUGUUGAAGCAUAUUCAAGGCCAACUAGAAUUAUACGUGGAAAAGAAAUUGAAUCUGCUUUGGAGGUGGACCCAAGUGUAUUUGAGAAAGAUGAAGAAAAAGUUUUGUGGUGCGCGUACUUGGAGAUUGCUGAUAAGAUCCAUCCUGGUGUUGAUAUUAAAACCUUUGCGGAUGCUUCUCUGCUCUUGAUACAACCCCUAGAAGAUUUCUUUAAUAAUGUUUUCGUCAUGGCGGAAGACGAGAGAAUUCGCAACAACCGGCUGGCGCUGCUGAGAAAGAUUGAGAGUUUGCCCAAGGGAAUUGCAGAGCUGUCAGUUUUGCCUGGGUUUUAGCCGGGGAGCCUGCAUGGUUGCCUGUAGGCACCACUUUCACUGCUGUUCCUCGGUUAUGAGCGUACUGCGGAGCGAGUCUAAAAGAGAAGGGCAACUUCUUCUGGUGCUGGGAUUUCUGUCCGAGCAGAUUUUGCCUACAUUCACUGCCUGCUCACUAAUUUUGUAACAAUUUUAUCCAGCAAAGCAACGUUUUAGAAGCAAGUUUAUUGAAACCUCCGCAGUGCUUGGUAAAGAACUGGCUUCUCAGAAUCCUUGCAACGGAGAGCAGCAACAAGAGUUGAGAUCGGUUGAUAAGCACUACUCUUCCUGUUUUCAGUUGGGCCUUUCGGACUGAAUGAAUAAACACUUAGGUAGGAAGUGAGAUUUGAGUUGAUUUGAUUGGUAAAAGGAAGCAGGAUUAUUCAUUAUGUCUUUGACACAAUUGAUAUACUAAGGCAAGCAAUCGAAAGAAGCAAGGAAUUAAUACAGCAUGUUAGCAGUGGAAA